AUGAAUCCAGUCCGAGCUAUGACGGCCGACAAGUUUUUUAUUGAUGAUAUCACAUCACAUGAGAAUAAUGGAGCUCUACUUGUGCGAAUUAUGAGUAUUUGGAAGCAGCCCAACAAGUACAAUCUUUCUGAAACAACUUCAUUCGAAGAUCUUAUUGGGCGAAUUGUAGCCAAAGGAGACCUCAUAUCCGAGGUUAAAGAUGGUAAGGAACAAAAGAAGUUGCUGGUCGAACUUGAAGAUUUAGAGAUGGAUAAUGUUAAUAACCAACAUGACACUGGAAAGUCAUUAUCCCUACUAUCCACAAUGACAUCCUAUGGAACUCUUGAGUCCUUCAUGAAAGAUGCUGAAUUGAUUACUGUUGAUGGCAUCAAGAAUGUUGGGGAGGCUUGUCAUUUCGUUACUGUGGGUAAAAUUGUUGACAUAAUUCAAGGUGAUGAUUGGUUCUACGUUGCUUGCAGGAAGUGCAAUAGAAAGGUUGAUUUUGAUGUCAUAAAAUCUGAUGGUCCUCUACCGGAUGGCCAAUUUUCUAUUGGACAGUUUAACUGUCCUCGCUGUCCGACCAACAAAAUUGUAGCUUUUCCAAGGGUUUCUGUCAACAAGUUCAAUGUGGUGCAUAAUUCCCACAUGUAUACUGCAGUGCGUGUUGUUGAUGAUGAAAAAUGGCUAAAGAAGUACAAGACAAUUACCAACCCUAAACAGGGAACUAUCUCUUCCAAUGAUGGAGAGGUCCUAGGCUCUCAACCAGAUCCAAACAUGGCAAAUAGUCCACUUGUUCGUACCAGCCUAGUUGAUGAUAAAGAAAAUGAUCCAGAUGUCAACAAAAAGGUGGUCAAUGAUGAACAAUAUAGCACACUAGAGAAAUUUGUGGUUCAUGAUGAAGAAGACAAUCCACAGGCCAAGGAAAAUGAGGUUGAUAUUCAAGAACUUGGAGCACCAAGUGUGGCGUCAACUUUGCUGAAGAGAAAGAGUGUUAUGAAGACAGAGAAAGUGUUCAAGAGAAAGUCUGCAGUGUAG